AUGAGAGCACCUUUUUAUAUGUCUACUGCAUUUGAGCAACAUAACAGGACUACUCAAGAGCCUCUUAGGGCUUCUAUUUUUCAACGUCAUCGUCGUAUGCGGAAUCGUAAUGAAAGAUCUAGUCAAUGGUUUCAAAUAAACAGAAAUGAUGAAUUACGAAAUCUUGAUGCAGAUGAAAAUUCUAUAAGUUUUGAUAAUAAUGUUGAUCAUUUUCCUAUACGUUUGUCUGCGUUGAGAGCAAUAGUUGUGGAUAGCAAUGGGUCUAAUAAUAAUGGAAUUAAUAUUUUUGAUCAUUACUAUAUGAGAAAUGCGUUACGAUCUCUUGAUCAUGAUUAUAUUACUUCUACAUUUGAGCGUUAUCCAGUUCGUCGUAGGAAUUAUCUUUCAGGGAGCGUUAUCCCUUUUAAUCGUGAAGGAUCUUCGCAUUAUUUAGAAGAAGUACUUCAUUUUCUUGAAAAUACUUUUAUUCAUCCUUUGACAUGGGAUCAAAUAAAUUCACAAGAUAUUCCUCCUGAUAAUUAUGUAAAAAUUGAAUAUACAAGCUGGCUUAAGUCCGGUUCUAUUUUUCAAGGUGUUCAAACUUUUUCUGAUCAAGCUUCUGUUUUUUUGUCAGAAUCAUCUUCCAAAAAUGAAAAGAAGAUUAAAGUUGUAAUUCAGGAUAUUAGUUUUUCUGAAAUGUCUCUUUCGGGACAAAUAGAAGUAUUUAAUCCAUCUGAUAAUGGUUCUAAUGGCAGUAUUAUGAUUUGGUGGGACGGUGAAAUUGUAGAUUUUAUCGGUUAUUAUAAUUUAUUGGCUGUUAAAAGAGGUAUUGCAUGGAAAACAGAUGUCUCUUGCUGGCGUAAAUUAGAGCCGUUUAAAGGAAUGGAUGAUUAUGAGUAUGUUGGGUUAUUGGUUUUUAGUGUUAUAAUUGAUUGUUUUUCUAGAUUCUUAAACUUGCUUUUUACAAAAGAAAAAAUUUCUGAUAUUUGUAGUAAGUAUAUAUUUAUGCGUUGGAAAGAAUCUGAGUUUAUUGGAUCUUCUAUAUUUGAAAACGAGUUAGCUACAUCUGGUUCAUAUUUCUGCUGUCUUCGACGUAAUGAUGGUUUUAUUGAAGGAUACUAUUUUGAUCCAUCUGUAUCUUGCCAGCAUAUUAAUUUAUAUCCCAAGAUGGAUGACGGUGUCUUCAAAUUUAGAUAA